UGCUCCAUACAAGUUGUUUACACGCUUCAUUCCUAACCUGCAAAACUGCAAUUCAACUCUGUGUCCUCCGCUUGCAGGCUGUCGGAAUUUGCGUGAUAAAUUCUUGUGUGUGAACUAAUUUACCGCUCGCAAUAUGGGAUUUCCAUCAUUUUCACCCGGUGGUAGAGGAGGACGAGGUGGUGGAGGAGGAGGAGGCCGCGGUGGUUUUGGAGGCGGCCGAGGAGGAGGUCGCGGUGGUUUUGGAGGCCGUGGUGGAGGCCGAGGAGGUGGAUUCAAAAGCCCAGGCGGUAGGGGUGGAGGUCGUGGAGGUGGCCGUGGUGGUCGCGGCGGAGGAGGAGGAGGAUUUAAGGGAGGUAAAACUGUUAUCAUCGAACCGCAUAGACAUCCAGGUGUCUUCAUUGCUCGCGGGAAAGAAGAUGCUCUAGUCACAAAGAAUAUGGUCCCUGGUGAUGCUGUCUACGGUGAAAAAAGGAUUUCAGUUGAGGAAAAUGGUGAAAAAAUCGAAUACAGAGUAUGGAACCCUUUCAGAUCGAAAUUAGCUGCCGCCAUUCUUGGUGGUGUGGACCAAAUUCACAUGCCUCCAGGAAGUAAGGUGCUAUACUUGGGUGCUGCAUCCGGCACAACUGUUUCCCACGUUUCAGAUGUUGUUGGGCCAGAAGGUUUAGUUUAUGCUGUAGAGUUCUCUCAUCGGUCCGGCCGAGAUCUUUUAAAUGUAGCCAAGAAAAGGACUAAUAUCAUUCCAAUCAUCGAGGAUGCUAGACACCCACACAAGUAUCGUAUGCUUGUUGGAAUGGUGGACACAAUUUUUGCUGAUGUUGCUCAGCCAGAUCAAGCUAGGAUUGUAGCAAUCAACGCCCACAGUUUCCUCAAGAAUGGUGGCCAUUUCGUCAUCUCUAUCAAGGCAAAUUGCAUUGACUCAACAGCACAACCCGAAGCUGUCUUUGCAGGAGAAGUGAAAAAGUUACAAUCAGAAAAGAUGAAACCCCAGGAACAGCUAACAUUGGAACCUUACGAGCGAGAUCAUGCAGUAGUAGUCGGUAUUUACAGGCCCCCACCGAAAAACAAGUAGUCUUUAAGUAUUAGUGUAUAGGAAUCUUAUUUUCUCAAAAUAUCAAGGGUAUUUUAUUUUUUUAAGUUUUGACUGUACCAUGUUUAAUGUUUAUAAAAAAAAAAAUUGUCACUAAUUCAAUAGUGACUUAUCUCUGAACUGGAUAAUUACAUAAUUUGAAAGCUACCUUUACGGAUAACCUCAAUUAAAACUACCAUCCAAUGAAGGUCUUUGACACAUGAAGUAAGCCCCAAGAACCUAAGAAUCUACUAAUCUCUUAUUGAGGUAAUUUUUGUAUCAGAAUUUAAUAGGAAGUAUUUCUAUUUUCUGUCGAGAUGACUUCAAGUAUGAGUCAGAUAGUGUUGGAAACUUUUGAAGACAUGAAAUAUUUUUUAUACAUUUUCACUGUGUUAAUCUCUUGGAAUUUUUAAUAAAUGUAUUCCAUGAAUUGA